CGCAAAGCCAAUCAGUUUCGAGCUUUAAUAUCAGUCAUGCAAAUCCAGUGCUUUGUAUCUAAGCUGAAGAAAGCUUUUUUUUUUACGUGCAGUCACUUGUCAACCACGUGAGGUACGCAAUACCGAUUAGGAGAGAGAGGCGACCUGUCUAUAGUAAAUGUUAAUUACGGCCAAUCAUAAACUGCCAAGCAGCAUUUAACAGAUGGACAGGGAGGAGGAGACUGUGGCGUGGGGGGAAAUCUCUCUGGGUUUGAGGGCAAUUACGUCAGGUUGCUUCUUGCACUCUGGAUUACAAAGCUACGAGAGAGUGUCGGUGGUUUAUAAGCACAAAGCAAGAGAGGCAGAUAUCUGCACAUCAAACAGUGCAAACCUCACCCAAAGCACGGCAGCUCAGAGGACCAUGGCAUUUGCAGGGAUGCUGAACGACGAGGACAUCAGGGCUGCGGUCCAGGCUUGUCAAACUCCGGGCACAUUUGACUUCAAGUCUUUCUUUGCACAAGUGGGACUGAACGGCUCAUCUGAUGCAGAUGGGAAAAAAGUGUUCACAGUUCUGGACCAAGACAGGAGUGGAUACAUUGAGGAGGAGGAGCUCAAACUGUUCCUUCAGAAUUUCUCUCCGGGGGCGAGGGAGCUGACCGUGGCAGAGACCAAGACUCUGAUGGCUGCAGGAGAUAAGGAUGGCGAUGGCAAGAUCGGGAUGGAAGAGUUCUGUGAUAUCCUGAAAUAAAAAGAAUAACCGCCUUUCCCUACUUUAAGAUUACGGGUUUCUGAUGGGAAUCCUGACUUUCCAGAUUGUUUGAUGCAAAGACCAGAAACCUCAGAUAUCCUGCACCUGCUUGCUGCAACUCUCCCCGUCAAUGUGAUACAAUAAUGCAUAGGAUGUUUGGUGGAUAGAUGACUACAGCUGGAUGCUAGCUGUUAGAUGGAAUGAGUUAAUAAAUGUAUUUAAGAUGUGAUAUCCCUGUGUGCUGGUCUUUUCAUCUGCCUGUGAUGGCAAAUGCAUUAAGUGUCUCCUUUUUAUUCUUUGGCAGGGUAAAGGCCUCAACAUU